GCUCCGGGGCUGGGGCUUUCUCGGGCGGCGUGUGUCGCAGUGGUGCGCGCUCGUCCUCGGCAUGGGUCCCGUCGUAGGGCGUAGCUAGGACUCGCUGCUAGCAGCACUCAGUGCCCCGGCCUGCUCGAAGAAGGCGGAAUUGGAGCAGGAUCAACGCCGUUUGCUUUCUCGUGCGAAGUAGGGAGAGAGUAGAAACAGAGGGAAGGCCACGAUGACGGUGGCUACCGUGCUCACGACGACGGCAUCACCGCUUUUUAUGAUCUUGCUGCUUCUGCUACGGGCAGGCCGGCCGGACUCGUCGGCAGUGAUCGCUGCACCAUCUCCGGCCCCCGGUAAUGAUACGGCGACCGCAGCCAGCGCCCACGAGGUGACUUGCGAGUCGGACGCCGACUGCCGGCGACUGAGCUUCCAGGCUUCCACGGUGGGCAUCGGGUGCGACACGUCCACGCACCGAUGCGUCUGUUCCAACCGGACGCUCGUGCUCACGCGCCGCGGGACGUGCCUGCCCAUUCGCAUGCUGGGACAACCCUGCCGGCGCAACGAGCAGUGCCUCAAAAUUGACAAGAACUCUGAGUGUGACGACGACUUCUGCAAGUGCAGAGAUGGUUUCUUUCUCUUCAAUGACAUCAACGGCACAUACUGUCUACCAGACGUGGAGGUACAGACUAUGAACCCUUACGGCUUGAUGCCCAAGGACCACGCCUUGUCCGAGGAAAACAUGGUACCCAUUAUCGUCUGCCUGGCCAUCAUGUUCGUUGGCAUGUGCGUUGCCCUGCAGUUGUUCAGCAGGGCUCGUUUCCGCAACCAGCGCACUAUCUUCAACACCCCAAACCCUCGGCUGUCGCACCUCAAGACGGACAGCAAGCGGCGCCAGAGUCAUACUAGCCUGUACGCAGGCUCUCGCAGGGCCAGCGCCUGUUCCCAGCUGUCGCCUUCCAAGAUGGCAGGAAGCAGGCUCGGAAGUCGGUCUGGUAGCAGAGCCGGAAGCAGGAGCGGAAGCCCCGACGUACGACGCUCUUCAGUUUUUCAGCAUCAUGGCGAGCACCACGGAGAGCGCCAUGGAUCCAAGGAUGGCGGCCACACACUGAUUGCCAGAGCUGCGGAGUCGAUCCAGAAUGGCUCUCCCAAGGUGAUCGUGAAUCGGGGAAGGUCUCCGUCACCACCGGCCCAAGCGUGAGCCCGCCACCCAACGUUGCUGGCUGAGCAGCAGCAACAGCAGCAGCAGAAUCAGCAGCAGCCAGUCUUGCGUCGCCCCAGCUGAACGCCCAGUACAGAGCCACCCACCUCCCGCUUCGUAUCUUCUCUUCCACCCGCCAACACGCGGUGCUUUCAUCUCAGCCCAAAAAACGCAUAGUGCGCCUCCCGCACACGCAUUUCGUGCGGCAUUAUUCGGGCCAACUUUGUUAUACUUAAAUUGUGGAGUGGAGAAGGCUUUCAGCAGCAGAAGCCAUUGAGGACCCCACCAUACCAUCGGCUCCAAAAAGCCCCUGUGUUCUACUGACAGUAGAAAGCGUUCUUGUCUGGCUUCCGCGGAUUGUUCAGUUCUAAAACUGGCCCGAGAUAGCAUUGCUCGACUUGUGCUAUUGCGCAAACGAGCGAUAUCGGUUGCCUUUGGACAAGCCUGUCUUCAUAGGCGACUGCUUGAACUGCCAUCUGUGUAAGUUUUUGUUUGUCUGUUUCUGAUAACCUACCCAAUUCACUUGGCAAGACGAAAAGCAGCGCUGAUUUGUCCUGAAAGAAAAUUAAGAGAAAGAAAGAAGGGAAGACGUUUGACUAACGUCCACUAUUAUCCUAUGGUGGAGGGUCUGCCUAUAAAAAGAGAAAGUUUUCCGUUUAUUUGUUAAGCUGUUGACUAGUUUAGCGUUAGGGUACCACUGAUCUGCACUUUCAAGAAUACGUGCGAAAAAUUACGUUGCAUUGUGGGGAAUCAUAGAGCCAGCAAACUGACGAAAUCUUCAUGCAACGCUAAAGUGCACAGUUUCCUCGUAAGAUGACCCGGAUGCGUUAAAGAGGAUUCUUUUGCUUUAGUGAAUAGCCAGUACUGAACAACUUUUAAAAAUAAAGCCGAAGCACGACGCACUGAUCGCUAAAAUUUGCAUCUGCAUACGAGGCCCAUAAGGCGCUUUAGGAGACUCGACCACGAGCGCGCGGGCGCGUACGCGCCAUAAUUCGCGUGCUCGACUAAGCUUAAUUAAGCAUUUCAGGCCACGCGCUAUUAUAUUAUAGCUAGCGGUUCCUUCGCCUUGUUUUGCCAAGAAGGUGCUGUCAGGGGCCGCCCAUGUGUGUCUGUACGCGCUUUCUUUCUAACUCUAGAUGCUUUUAUUCGUUCACUUAUUGAAUUCCUGCUGCCAGCCACUAAGCUCCACUUUCGAUUGCAUGAAGAAGUCGCUUAAUGCAAACUCCUAACAUCCCUGCGGCACUGUCAGAUUUAAUGACAUGAACCGCCUGUUGCGACUUGACGUUCUAUGGGAUUCCGUUAACACAAGUAAAUGUUUAAUGGGAUCUGUCUUCAAGGUAAUUCAAUAUAACUGUGUUCAACACUAAUACUUCUCAAGGCGAGAAACAAUGUAAUCCAAAGCUGGUAAAUGCAAGGACUCUUACCGAGUCUAACACAAGGUUAACCUAUCAACCAUAUGCCAAUUUAACCUUUAACUUGUCGACAAACAUACGUGCUGCUGAAAAACACGCCCGAAAAACGUUUUAAAUAUACAUUGCGUUAUAAGGCGGUUGUGAUUAAGAUUAAUAACAGUUACUUAAAAGAUACAGUCAAGUCUGAUAUAAAGUUUACUGCUGUAAAAAUCAUAUUCCGUCUUUGGAAAGAUUUAUUGGCGCCAUAGCAUUAAAUUAAAUUAUUCCCAGACGCGUAGCUCCUGCUCUAAAAUUGACACCAUUAAGAGACUCAGUUAUUCAAGCACGUUAUUUAUUAUCUCUAUUCCUAAGGUUUGUAAUUCACAUUACCUACUAGCACCAAGUCGCAUAAUACGUUAAUCAUGAAGAUCUUGCUUGGCGAAUUCCUUAAUAUGGCUUCACAUUCACAAGGGUGAAACGACUAUUCACACUUAUCACACUGUUCAUUCAUAAGUCGUGCUGUUAAUGCAUAAGAGAAAGCUGGCAAAAAGCAAUGAAAACAUAGCUUGCCCGAUACUUGUCAUAUAUAGAAAAUAAAAACCACGCAUCUCUUAAAUCAUCUCUUUUUCAGUAUUAUUUAAAACAUAAGUUCGAAGAAUUCACAUUUUGUCUCUUGUUGUCGCAAUACCUCCACGAGCAAGUGGCAAAUAAAGUCUUGUAUAUUCUCCGGUAAUAGGCAUACAACAAACAUUAUCGGACUGUUGUGAAAUGAGUAUACUGUUAAAAUGUUACUUAUAGACACAAUGUGUACCACCUGUUUAUCACAAAUUACAUAAAAUGAGGGAAGCAGUACGUUUUCAAAGUAAUAGGCCAGUGGCUGUUCAUUCAGUUUCAAAUACCUUUAGGUGAGAAUGCAAAAAAAAAAAACUAAGAUUAUAGGUAGCAAAAAUAUUUCAGACUAAGUGUUUCCAUUUGUCGAAUUAGUGUGUUUGCAAGGUAAUUCUCAGCCCGAUUUCUAUGAAGCUAUUGCAACAGCUCGUUCAGCUAAUGUAAUUUGCACCCGUUAAGCAUGAAGGGUUGUUUUCUUCGCACAAAGACGACUGUGCAUUGUCUUGUUAGGUUUUUAAGAAAAACCAACCUGCAUGCUUUUAGGGGGCCUUGCAUCUUCACAAACACUCAGAAGUUAAACGGUACGCAGAAUAACUACGUCUCCUCAACAAUGUUGUUUCCAAAGAACGCAGUCAUAGAAUUGAAGAAUCCCACCAGCGUUACGGCCCCAUAACCGCAAAGAUUAAAUUUAAAUGGGAUUAUGGAGUUUUACGUAUCAGAACCAAGAUCUGGUUGCGAGGAACGCCAUAGUGGGGCACUACAGAUUAAUUUUGCACCAGCUGUUUCUUUUUUUAGGGGCUUCUAAAUCUAAGUACCCGAGAGCUUCUUGCAUUUCGGCCCCAUUGAAAUGCGGCCUCCGCUGCCGGGAGCGAACCCGCGACCUCGAGCUCAGCAGCCCAAUGCCAUAGCCACUAAGCUACUGUGGUGGUUACAACCGAAAAUUACCCAGUUCUCUUUGGUUUUGUUUUUACGAUAGCCCCCCAGUUUUUAAACGGACUUGUAAGUUACCCAGCCAAUGUGCUAUUCAAUCGAUUAAUUGCAAGAGCGUUAGCAACUGUUGCAUUUGUCUCCUGGGGAAAAUUUGCUAAACAAGGUUCAUCUAGAAAAGCCAGAAUGAGCGUGGCUCGCCUUUAUGGUGUAAUGUAUGUUUUCACGAAUCUUCUCGCGCCACGUUGUACAUUUUCCCACCAGCGAUACGUACUCCAUUCCUUUCCUGUAAGCAUCCCAACUUGCCAGUUGAAGCACGUUACUCGUUAGCUUGUGCAUGUUUUGUUGCCUUCUCACGUACAAAGUUUUUCUUGCCUGUUUUGUUCAAUGUGAAUGUUAAUGUUUAGAAAUAUAAUCCAUAAAAUUGUUAGAAUUAAUGCAGAAUUCUAUUAUGUACGCAAGUGCGAGAAACCACAUUACAUUUCGACCAGAAGUUCGAGAAAUGCAUCGCAAUCAAAAAUUGAUGUGAUACCCCAUUAUGAUUUGCUUGGUCGGGGACCAAUGGGACACAGAGAAACAGUCAACAUUCAUACUGUCAACGUGAAACAAGUUAGUUUUGGAAUUUUUAACUGCAACUGAGGGUAAUGGGAAAAAAUACCAAAACGUUUUUCUAUAUAGUCACCACAAAGAAGCCAGACAACUUAGCAAAAUUUCGGUGUAUUUAGCGUAUCUGUAGGCGUCGAGGGUACCCCAUCUUCAGUGCUUUGUAAAUAUAAUCUUUUUAUCAUAUCAUUAAUUCUUACAGGAGGCAUUAGUGAAAAUGAAUGCCUUACUCGCAGUUGUCACAUUGAGUUCGUGAUUAUGUGCAGUGCGGAGUAUUAUUUUGUCCUUGUUUAAACUUUGGGCACAGAAUUGCCAAGCCUUUUUGAAUUAUGAAAUUUCUGUUUCUACUUUCUACUGCAAAGCUUUUUUAAAUAGCAGCAAGAAAGGACGAGCAAUUUAGGGAACGGUAAACAUUAUGAAGUAACAAGAACCCAGAACAAAAGCAUGACGCGUAUGUCAUUUUAUUUGUUGUGACACAGAAACGGGCACUUUGUGCCAGCGAAAAGCCCCUGCAGAGUCACGUGGUGUUUACUGCUGUCAACGUUUUAACGCGAAUGCCAUUUACUCGCUGUAAUACAUAUCCACAAACAAAAAUUAGAUAGAAACCAGUUCAUUGCUUUUAAUCAUUGUGAGGACUUUAGCUUCGAUGUGACCGUCACACAUAGCACCCUGAAUGUUUUCGUGAACUAUAUGUGGGACAUCCUGUGUCAUUCGAAACUUAUACCGAACUCAUCGCAGUUUAUUACCUACAAGCACUACGAUCUACUUAGCAAGUAUUAUUGGAUUGUAUUCAAGUUUUCUUACCCCGCAUUACUGGCUAUUUGUCAGUCUGCAUAGAGUGAAGGUUAAUGAAACGAAGUUUGAAGUGCUUGUAGCGAGAAAUGAAAGCGAACCUGCCAGGAAAAGAAAUGAUUGAACCAGGUUGACUUUCUUGAGCAGUCUGGUCAUCAUUUCAUUUAGGAGGACCUCUGCCUGGUUCCUGCGUUCUCAUAUGAAAGAGUGGUCCACCCUGUUUGAUUUAUUAGACCCUGCUUAUAUUUUUUUUCUUAUGUAAUAAAAUCAGUAAGGCAUCAGUACGUUUCUUUUUUGGUUUUACAGCCAAUUUUCUUCUACCGUCAAUGUUCGAGCAUCACGGGCUUCUUUUGUUCUUUCAACAAAUUCAUUUUACUGUGCUACUUACCAAAAUUUACAUUUAGAGUAGUUGCACGCACAUCACAGAAGUACCUCAAAAAUAGUCACAAUGUAACGUACUAGACCGCUAAUUUCUCAGAACGCAUUAGGAGCUCAUGAUUGUUUUCUUCUUGGCACUAUAUGGUACUGUGCGUACGAAAAAUAUCGGACAAUAGUAAGACAUUCCUUCAACUUAAAGUGCAACACAAGCAUGCACAGGCGACUUCACGCACCGUCACCAAUGCACGAGCAUUCGACCAAUAGCCGUGGUUCAGCUCGAACGCGUAGUUGGCGCAUAGUGAAUGCUAGCGCUUCCCGUAUACCAAUGUCGGUCCGUCCUUUGGCACGCGAGUCUUUUAGAGGCGUUUCAAAGGACGUUUUUCAUCAACCGAAAGACACGUCCUGGUCUAUCCGGCUCAUUGAGCUUAACGAUGGUGUGCCACGCGUGCGGCGUACCGAUCGACUCCUUGCGUGCCCCACUGCUCGCCGGUCACGACAGCAACCAAAAGCAUGGUGUGAAAGCGGCAAGUGAGCGCCUGUCCAGCGAAGCCGGCCAUGCGCUUGCUUUUCGCACUGUUCGCCAAUUUUCACUUGACUGUGAGAAGUUGCUGUAUUCGGUAGUGCUAUUUCUCGGAAAUUUUACGUGAAUCCCCUUUCUCUUUAUCUGCAAUGGCAGUGUUAUUCUCUUAUAAAGGCUAAUUCACUGCAUCUCACAGACAAGCUUGCGCAACCAGGAGAAGAAACAAGACCGCAAAAAAAAAAAGUUGUUCAGCUUUGGAGAUUUUGAGACUCGUUCAGGUCGCUGCUGGUGUAUCGGCACGGCAAAAUAAAGGCCCCAGGAAGUUGAGCAAGCGCCUUUUUAUUACAUCUUGUCUCGGGGAGAUUGCGAAAGUGCGCUAUAUGAAAUGAAGUAAUGACCUAUGAACAAUCGGCGACAUAGAAGUGGACUGUACGAAGGGCCAAGAACCAAUAUUUUUGCUUUCAAUGAGAGUUAAAAGUUUAUGGUUUAUACCCAUCAAGCAAACCCAUCGAUGCGAGUAAUAACUCAUCUUAACGGAUUCCGAAAUUUUCUGCGUUUCUAGCUUUCUAUUAUUUGGUCUCAUGUUAACAUACAUGAAAAAAAAAAAACUCUCGCUCAAAGCAAGCAUUCAAGCAUCCGAGGCAAUGCAAGCAUGCCCUGUAGUCGUGUUAUCACAGACCAUUAUCAAACAGAAAAGUGAUAUAACAGUGCUACGUCCGAAGACUUCGAAUGAAGGCUGUCCUCACUGAUGCUGUUGAUAACGAGUACAGUUAUAGUGACGCCGUCAUUUUUCUGAUCGUAAUGAACUACUGCCUUGUGACUUGGAUAGAAUUUAACGAUUGCGUUGCCUCUAUCAUUCAGCAUUCGGGAGCUACUACUUCUAGACACGUAACAAAAAAAAAUUGCUGAACGCAGUGGCUCAUUGAUUAAUACUUGAAGCAGCGUGCUUAACUGGCCAACAAUGAAACUAACUACGUGGCUGCGGCAGACGCUUGUGCGAUGUUGGUUGUUUGGUCGUGAAGGAACCCGCUACAGCGUAAGCUACACACGCUAACUUACCUCCCACCGUUUUCAACACCACUCGGUUUCAUAGUGCAGCGUUUUUCAGCACACGGUUAUCAUCACUCUCUGAAAUCCAACUUAGAUUGGUCGAAUGCUUACAAGUUACUACUUUUUCGUCAGGCGGCCUCAAAUGCGGUGAAGACAUUACGAUGGUGCGCCCGAGGUUUUUUUGUAAAUGCCUAUCACGCGGCUGUUCGUAAAAGGCACAGGCUGCGCGCCGUAAGCGAACGUCACUUGAUAUGAACUUGAACUCCCGAAGUCACUGUAGUCGAAGAGCGUAUUGCCUCGUGACUUGGCAAUAACGCAGUGCUCCAGCAAAUGCCACUGAUGGGUGUGCUAGCCGCUUCCAACGCCAGAGCUCAAAUAUGGAUAUACUCACUGAGAAAAUACUCCGGUGGUUUAGAAUGCGGCAGUGGUGAUAUGUUGGUAGGAAGCUUGGAAAAUGGUUAGUUACGUGGACUGGACCAUAGAAUCCAUGUUCCCUAGAAGUACUUCACCGCCUCGAACGCUGUAAUAAUGACACAACUGGGUCGUGAAUAACUUGUGUAUCAUUUCCUAAAACAAUGGGUGCAGAUGGGUUAGUGACAGAGAACCGCUUAACAUUUCAUUGCAAAGCGUUAGAAAAAUUUUAAUGCCGAGUAUCUUUAGAAGAUGCCACAGAAACUUCGUUUAAAUCUGUUCAUAUACAGCAAAGAGCAAUCGCGCGUUAGUUCUUUCUAGCCCUUACGAUUUUUGCACAGUAGGAACUAGAAACCAUUUUCUUAUGUGGAACGUAUAUAUAUAUAUAUAAAAGGUAAGCGUAUAGGACACUUUUGUUUUAAUGCUUCGUGUAAAUACCCGAGGACAAAUUAUUGUAUAUAAUUAUAAAUAAAUUCAAGUCCUUUUGCAUCCUCACACACACUCUUUCUCUCUGAUGCCCUGAACGUAGAUUAGAGAUGCUCAUUUGCCAUGAAAGGCUUUCCACGGGCGAAGUGAUGUUCAGUAAUAACUAUAUUUCAUGAUCAUUUGAUAAGUUUAAAUGAUUUUGGGGGGCAUAGUCUUUAUAUCCGCAGGGUGCCUAAAAGGACUCGUAUUAUAUAAGCAAGAAUAAUCCUAUUAUCCCUUCAGAGAGCUCUCUCUCAGAUACUUUAGAAUUAUAUAACAAAGCUUACUGCUCUAGGCUUUGCAUAAUACAAGACCGUUCACUAACCAAACGCCAAUUGCAAGUCGUACUGUCAUGGGCAGAAACAAUUGACAUGCGGCAACGUCUAAGUCAGCACCAGCAGAAACCCUUGCAAAACAUCACUUUAUUUGACUUGCGCACUCUCAGGCAGGUUCUAUCGUAAUGAGUUCCAAACAAUCUGCACUACUCUACGCUAAGCAUACUGAACUUGAGCCAGCUUUUCAGAGCUCACACUUUUCUCGCUGAUGCUAAGGGGCAAUGUGCAACUAUUUCGCUGCCAUGCUAUGUUCGAAAAGUACAGCUGAAAAGACUAUGUAACAGCGCAGCUUCUUUUGUUUUUCAAAGCGUAUCCAGAGAGGGAGAUUAGGAUGGAAUGUAAUCAUUGUAAUGGCAUCAUUGAAAUCAAACAUAUGGUCGCGGGGUGCCCCGCAACUCUUCCAAGCCUCCUAGAAGAAUGGACUCGAUGGGAAAAAAUAAUACAGAGCCCAUUGCUUCAAGACCAACUAAGGGCUGUCCAGAGGGCCCAUGAUGUCGCUGAAGGGCUUGGCCUGACAGUGCCAACGUGGGAGCGGCCCGCCUCGGCUUAAGUCGAGCCUCUGGACCUCUUUAAAUAAAGUUUACACACACAUACUGUUUGUAAGUGCCAGGUUGGCUAAGGCAGGGUGAUCAUUCAAGGUAAAAGCGCAAGAUGAAAUAACCGUUCUCGAUCGUAGGUUCCGUACAUGCACUGAUCUUGCAUGCUCCUUUCUACAAAGGUAACGUAAUAGCUUCGAGAGCACAGCUACACCAAUGCCUCCUAUGACUAAUGAAGCACUGCUUUUUUGAAAGAAGGAUGUCCCUUGAGAGCAGAGGAUGCGGCACUCCAGACACAAUGGCAGGUCGUUUUUAACAAGCUAUGAUACGCUGCACAACAAGCGAUAGAACCACAUGCCAACUCUAGCCCUUACUACAUGAAUGCCAGGACAACGCCGUUUCGCUGCCGCGUUAGGUAACCUUACAGUGCCCACGCAAACAUGCCAGAAUCAUUGUUAACAAAUGUAGCCUGCCGAUAGGUCCGGCCAUUACAUACGCAGUUUUCUUCCACCAAGUUGCUUGGUUCGCGUUUUUUCAUUGCAUCAUUGUGACAUUAAACGACGUUCAUUAACCGAAGCACACCGUUUCCCUCCCCCCUCCCUCCCCCAGUUAUGCGCACUGCAUGCCAGCGUUAAAAUGUAACGAAAGAUGAGUGAAUUUUCCAUCCAGGAAUUGAAGUGACAUUCUUUAGGCCGCCUACAAACGAGCUCUUGAAGGCUUUAUGUGGCAAAUUGAAUGUCACAGAACAAUUUUUGUACAAGUACGCAUUGCUCGUGACCGCCCUGUGUCAUGCCUGAAGUGGGAAAUGUAUUAUGUACAGUAGCCUCUUUAAGCAUGCAAAAAUGCUUAAGUGAUUCCAGCAUAAAAUUUCUUGAUUUUAUUAUAGGAAAGUGAGUAUUAUUUGUUACUUUUUAAACAUUUCGAAUUGCAUUCAAAAAUGACCUCAGCGAAGCCCCUCGAUACGGAGUAUCGACAGAUAUAUUGUUAAAUUAAUCUAUUUGCAGAGUUGAUAAGGUAGAAGCAACUGGUAAAGGCUGCACUGAAGAGAAGUUCACCGCAAGGGGACUUCAUUUACUGACUGUCUUACUGACUGUUUCUUUUUUUUUUUUCUUCAUCAAAUGUCCCUCAUGGGCAUCUAAAAGCCGUAUAAUAUUCAUUUUAAUCUAUUUACUUUUAAAUGUUCCGUUCUUUUGAGGGCGCGUGAAAAUUAUGGUGAAAUCAGGGUCGGCUGUAAUGCUGAGAUGAAAAACGAGCCUUUUUGCAUGCCUAACGCCUUAAUAAACACCCCAGACUUUUGCCGUCGUUUUCAGUACUUUUUACACACUGUCUGUGUGGUUGCUCGCCUAAGUUUUGUUGUGUGUGUAAAGCUGUGCCUCUCUGCAGUGUAUUGCGUCCGCUGCGAAACCGUGCACCUGCCUAGAAAAUGGCGUGUUCUUUGUUCCAGAGCCUAAUUUAUGUUAGUGAUCGAGAGUUUCCUCCCAUUUUUGAUACGGCUCCUUUUGCACCAUCGCGAAGAUACAGUGAUACAUUCUACUACUACCAAUACUAUGUACAUCUCACGCCUUCAUGACAUUAAAGGAACAGAUUUCCGUUUUUCUUACCUGAUA